AUGAGCGCGCUUCCCUCCGCCCUGAGACUGACCUGCUGCUGCUGCUGCUGCUGCUGGCUCCUGCUAGCCUGCCUCGUCGUCUUCCUGAUACCUGCACCCUGCACCAGCGACACGCCGCAGCAAAUAAUAAGCCCGGCUCAAAAGCAAUCGGUAGGUGAUGAUGACGCGGCGGUGUACGAGUCGAGCUACCUCGACGACGACGCCGAGGUCUACGAGGAAGAGCAGAUAGCCACCGACAAUGGCGACCUCGACGAAGACUGGUUCGCAAAUUUUACGGAAAAAGGACGGUACUUGGGCUCGCCUUGCGAUGUCGUAUCCUCGUGCAAUUCCGAGCUACAGCACGUGUUCUGUGAUUCAAUCACUGGCCUCUGCGAGUGCGAAAAGUUCUACCCCGUUCGUCUCGGGCCUACCAAGGGAUGUGCCAAACCCAAAAAGCUCGGAGAGCAGUGCUUUUAUCGUGCGACAUGCACCUUUGCGGAUCAACAUUCGACGUGCACGCAGGUUCAGCACAAUGCAGUAUGCGAUUGUGAGGAGGGAUAUCACAGGGUUGCUCUGUCUAGGCCUAACAAGAAGGUUUUCUGCGCGGAGGAUCUGGUGCUGAUAACUACGGACAUUCCUACCCUACUCUUCAUAGCAUCGGGGAUAGCCAUCUUUACGGCGAUGAUAUGCUUCGUACUCAAAUUAUUCAGCAGGGCGAGGUAUUCAAGGCCGCGGCAUUUCGCCAAUGCCAAUCAUGCGCCACCCAUGCUGUUUUCCAGUGAUACGGGCAUACCACUGGCAUUACACGGACGUCCGUCGUCGCGAUCGAGCCAGCGAAGCGACAGCGCCGGACCUCUUAGCUGCGCGUUCACCAGGAGGCCCAGCAGCGGCGGUAGCCGCGGACCCCUGGUACCGGCGUCCAAAGCAGGUGCGGCACGGGCCGCCGCUAUCUUGCUUAUAUCGUGUCACCUGCAGACUACCAACGACGGCAACAAGCAUCGACGUACCCUUAGUGACGUAGCCGAGGGAACGACUGACGGCCCUGGUUCCCGCCGUCCUAGCUUAGCGUCGAUUCAUAGUUCGACGUCCUCAUCCCGUAGCUACAGCGCACGUCGACUCGAGAAAGAGAGGAACGACAAGGAGCAACGCCAGGCGCUUCAGGAACUUCGGCUAGCUAAGCAACGAGAGCAUGUGCAGCAACAACAGCAACAGGUGGUACCGACGCCUAGUCCUAGGACUCCCCAUUCCACAGACGAAUUGCUGCCUUCGGUCGAAGAAGGGAAGGAAGUUUUUUACAACGACCAGGUACCGACGACAUCAGAUGACGUAUCAGACACCAUUGAAACGACGACUAUGACGAUGAUGACGACGACGGCGACUUUAACAACGGCGAUAACUACUUCCAACGUAAACACAACCCAAACGGACGAGAUCAGCGAGAUCGCGCCUAUGACAACGCCAGCAACCAUUUUCGGCACGAGAGUUGCACCACGGGCUUCCGAUGACAUUUUUCAAGUGUAGUCUUCGUCAAGUAUAACGAUGUCGCAUGACGAAGUCAAUGGACUCUCAAUUUAUUAACGACCUUUUUAUUGUAUUUGCAAGAAUCAACGGUAUCAAGAUGGAAACGCGUACGUAAAAGACGUGGAAACACUUGCGAUAAAAUAUAAAACUCUAUAUCAAUAGAGAUAAAUGCACAAAUACCGCGAAUAAGUUAAAUCUGUAUUUUGCCCACGUUAAAAAGUCAGCUUAUGACAAAUGACAUAAAAAUGCCAUUUACAAAAAUAUCUUUCUUAUAGCAAUUAUACAAAGAA